CGCUUUCUCUCUUGCUGGGCGUAAGGUGUCUAUGGGGCACCCGCCGCCAACGCCGCUGCCGCCACCGCCGCCGCCGCCGCCGCUGGGUGCUGUCUCUAUGGCGAGGAGGAGGAGGAGGAGCGUGAGCUCAGCGACACAAGUACACAAAUAAAGGGUAAAGUAUUUUAUGAAACAAGUCUUCAAUCAAGUAUAACAUUUUGAUGUUUGGCAUCUAGACUCCUUGUGCCCUCACUAUGCCAGCAGCAACUGUAGAUCAUAGCCAAAGAAUUUGUGAAGUUUGGGCUUGCAACCUGGAUGAAGAGAUGAAGAAAAUUCGUCAGGUUAUCCGAAAAUAUAAUUAUGUUGCUAUGGACACCGAGUUUCCAGGUGUGGUUGCAAGACCCAUUGGAGAAUUCAGGAGCAAUGCUGACUAUCAGUACCAACUAUUGCGGUGUAACGUAGACUUGUUAAAGAUAAUUCAGCUAGGACUGACAUUUAUGAACGAGCAAGGAGAAUACCCUCCAGGAACUUCAACUUGGCAGUUUAAUUUUAAGUUUAAUUUAACGGAGGACAUGUAUGCCCAGGACUCUAUAGAGCUACUGACAACAUCUGGUAUCCAGUUUAAAAAACAUGAGGAGGAAGGAAUUGAGACCCAGUACUUUGCAGAACUUCUUAUGACAUCAGGAGUGGUCCUCUGUGAAGGGGUCAAAUGGCUAUCAUUUCAUAGUGGUUAUGACUUUGGCUAUUUAAUCAAAAUCCUGACCAACUCUAAUUUGCCUGAAGAAGAACUUGACUUCUUUGAGAUCCUUCGAUUGUUUUUUCCUGUGAUUUAUGAUGUGAAGUACCUCAUGAAAAGCUGCAAAAAUCUCAAAGGUGGUUUACAGGAAGUUGCUGAACAGUUAGAGCUGGAACGGAUAGGACCACAACAUCAGGCAGGAUCUGAUUCCUUGCUUACAGGAAUGGCCUUUUUCAAGAUGAGAGAAAUGUUCUUUGAAGAUCAUAUUGAUGAUGCCAAAUAUUGUGGUCAUUUGUAUGGCCUUGGUUCUGGUUCAUCCUAUGUACAGAAUGGCACAGGGAAUGCAUAUGAAGAGGAAGCCAACAAGCAGUCAUGACAUGAAAUAGUCCUUUUAUUUUUAUUUCAUUUGAGCUACACACAUGCCUGUAUAUAGGUUUUAUCUCUGGUUGAAACUCUUGAACAAUACACAAUACUUUUUUUUUUAUAGCCCAUUUUAUUUUCUGCCUUUUAGUACUAAGUAUGACCAUUUGUAUCUCAGAUCUUACUAAUAAAUAGAAAAGCAUUCAGGUUAAAUUUGGCCUUAACUUAAUGUACCUGUUAGCAGGCGUGUGUGACAGCGCGUGAAAAGCUACAUAUUGAAUAUUUUGAUAAACUUUACCUACUUGAGCUUGGUUUUUCAACUCUUUCUAAAUUAACUAGCACUGACUGUAACUUAUUUCCCUGUUUCAUGUCUCCCUUCCAUUCUGCAGGAGUUUUAGCUAUUUGAGAUUGUGGACCAUCAAUUUUGCACUUUAGAGAGUGAUUCUGACUCAGAUCCUCUGUUUUAUCAGAAAUUUUGGCUUUUCUUGCUCUUAGCUGGAAAGAUGACCAUCUGCCAACUUUACACAGUAUUUUCUUGUUUUUGACCCAUGGAAUAUAGCACAUGCAUUGUGUGAACGGUUGAUUCAGCAAGACUACAAAAAAUAGAAGUCAAACUACUGAGGAACUUAAUAACUGCUGUUUCUGUAUGUAGUGUUUAAUCUUCCAAGCACAUUUAGUGUCUGUCGGUUUCUCAUUGGCAUGUGUAGGCUGUUCUGUGACUAAAGAAUUUUUCAAACCAGCUUUACACCCUUCAGGAAAAAUCCCUUAUGAUUGGAUGUUUUGUGUCUGCCAGGAAACUGGUAUCCAAGAUAUUGAAGCUGUAGUUAUUUUAUAACAGCAUACUUCCCUGAUCUUUUUUUUCUGUCACUGCUUACCCUUAUUUUUAAUUAAAAAAUAUAUAUUAUAGCCAUACUUACAAUGCUCUUGAUUUGUUGAUUCUACAAAUCAAUUUCAUUAAAGCCCAAAGGUAGCAAGUCUUUAGGUAUAUUUUAUACCAAAUUAGAAGAAAAAAAAUUGUGCUUUCUUAGUUGUUACAAAAAAGAGAUUUGGUGCAAAACAACAAAAUACAAAAAUUAUAUAUAUAUCAGCUAUAUAUAUAUAUAUAUAUCUACUAAAAUUACCUGAGGAGUGUAAUGCUUGUUUAUUUUUUUGUGUAUAUCUUUGCAAUCUAUUUUAUAUAUAUGGACAAAAGAGACUGUGAAAUAUUGAGUCAUCCAGAAUAUGUGACCAGACCAGAGCAUGUGUAGGAAGACAUUUUGGUAAUAUUAAUUCUACCCUGAAAUGAUAGAUUACAAGUUAUGAUGUGUGUUACCUACAUUUCAAUCUAAUAUUACUAGCAAAUCUCUAAGUGUUAGCCACAUUGGUUUGUAUUCCUUGUACAUUCUUGAUUCAUAUUACUAUGCUGUAACUGGGUGGUCCUUUUUAAACAAAACAUUAUUUGCAAAAAAGAGGGUAUUUGUUUUUAAAGCUUUUGUAAAUAAAGGCUUCAGAAAUGUUUUCUUA